UCUUUCUCUUCUUCUUUUUUUGGUUUCCCUGAAACAUGCAGCACUAUUUCUGUGAUGCAUGGAAUACAUUUGACGCCUUGAUUGUUGUGGGUAGCAUUGUUGAUAUAGCAAUCACCGAGGUGACCAACACAGAGGACAACUCUCGCAUCUCAAUCACCUUUUUCCGACUCUUCCGUGUGAUGCGCCUGGUGAAGCUCUUGAGUCGAGGGGAGGGCAUCCGCACGCUGCUCUGGACCUUCAUCAAGUCCUUCCAGGCUCUCCCUUAUGUGGCUCUGUUAAUAGUGAUGCUGUUUUUUAUCUAUGCGGUGAUUGGGAUGCAGGUGUUUGGUAAAAUUGCACUAAAUGAUACUACAGAAAUCAAUCGGAACAACAACUUUCAAACUUUUCCUCAGGCUGUGCUCCUGCUUUUCAGAUGUGCUACUGGUGAAGCUUGGCAGGAAAUCAUGCUGGCAUGCCUACCUGAUAAGAAGUGUGACCCUGACUCCUUGGAACCAAACAGUUUUACCGAAGGUGAACAUCUCUGUGGGAGCAGCUUUGCUGUAUUUUAUUUCAUCAGUUUCUACAUGCUUUGUGCCUUCCUAAUAAUUAACCUUUUUGUUGCUGUUAUCAUGGAUAAUUUUGAUUACCUAACACGUGAUUGGUCAAUUCUGGGUCCCCAUCAUCUGGAUGAAUUUAAACGGAUUUGGGCAGAAUAUGAUCCUGAAGCCAAGGGACGUAUCAAACACCUAGAUGUUGUAACACUCCUGCGUCGGAUACAACCUCCACUGGGUUUUGGAAAGCUCUGUCCUCACAGGGUAGCUUGCAAGCGCCUUGUCUCUAUGAAUAUGCCAUUGAAUAGUGACGGAACUGUUAUGUUUAAUGCAACCUUAUUUGCACUGGUUAGAACAGCACUGAGAAUCAAAACAGAAGGUAACUUGGAACAAGCCAAUGAAGAGUUACGUGCAAUCAUUAAGAAAAUCUGGAAGCGCACUAGCAUGAAGCUGUUGGAUCAGGUUGUACCCCCAGCAGGUGAUGAUGAAGUCACAGUUGGAAAAUUCUACGCCACGUUCCUGAUUCAAGAGUAUUUCCGGAAAUUCAAAAAACGCAAAGAACAGGGUCUCGUGGGCAAACCUUCACAACGUAAUGCUCUUUCUCUACAGGCUGGUCUGCGCACAUUACAUGAUAUUGGACCAGAGAUUCGAAGGGCAAUAUCUGGAGACUUGACAGCAGAAGAGGAAUUAGACAAGGCCAUGAAAGAAGCUGUUUCUGCUGCUUCUGAAGAUGAUAUUUUCAGGGUAAGUGCUUUCUCUAUGAAGAUGCAAUCUGGUGUGCAGCAGAAUGAUCCUUAAGUAGCCAAAAA